AUGUCAGAAGCUGAGGCAAGCGUUGGGAUGGCCCACGAUGCUGGGCCUGAUGAAAAGACAUUGCAGGUGUUGCGGGACAUGGCCAACCGCCUGCGAAUCCGUUUUAUCAGGACCACAAGUUCCUCGACCACUAGCUAUCUCACACCAUGCAGCAGUGCUGCUGAGAUCAUGUCUGUGCUAUUUUUCUAUACAAUGAGAUAUAAACAGGAAGACCCUGAAAACCCAGACAAUGACCGAUGCAUCCUUUCAAAGGGAAUACCGUUUGUUAAAGUAGCAACAGGAUGGCCUGGGCAAGGACUAGGAGCUGCCCGUGGGAUGGCAUAUACUGGCAAGUACUUUGACCAAGCCAGCUACCGGGUGUUCUGUCUUCUGGGGGAUGAAGAGUCCACAGAAGGCUCUGUUUGGGAGGCAUUUGCCUUUGCAUCCUACUACAAUCUGGACAAUCUUAUGGCAAUCUUUGAUGUGAACCGCAUUGGACACAGUAGCUCCAUGUCUGUUGAGCACUGCGUUGGCAUCUACCAGAAGCGUUGUGAAGCCUUUGGGUGGAAUACUUACGUGGUGGAUGGCCGUAAUGUGGAGACCCUAUGCCGUGUAUUCUCACAGGCAGCUCAAGUAAGAGGCAAGCCCACUGCUGUGGUUGCCAAAACCUUCAAGGCCCGAGGCAUGCCAAAUGUUGAGGAUGCAGAAAGUUGGCAUGGAAGGCCAAUGCCAAAAGAAAGAGCAGAUGCAAUUAUCAAAUUAAUUGAGAGCCAGAUACAGUCCAACAAAAUUCUUGUACCUUCACCCCCUAUUGAGAACUCACCUCAAAUUAACAUCAUGGAUAUACAUAUGGCCUCGCCCCCUGCUUAUGUAGCUGAUGACAUGGUGUCUACUCAAAGAGCAUGUGGUUUGGCUCUGGCUAAACUGGGCCAUGAAAAUGACAGAGUUAUUGUGCUGGAUAGUGACACCGAGAACUGCAACUUUUCUGACAUAUUCAAGAAAGAACACCCAGAGAGGUUCAUCCAGUGUUAUAUUGCUGAACAAAACAUGGUGAAUGUGGCUCUAGGAUGUGCCACCCGUGACCGGAUCAUUGCUUUUGCUUGCACCUUUGCUGCCUUUUUCACCCGAGCAUUUGAUCAGAUUCGAGUGGGAGCCAUCUCUCAAAUCAACAUCAACCUUAUUGGUUGUCACUGUGGGGUAUCUACUGGUGAUGACAACCCCUACCAUAUGGCAUUGGAAGACCUGGCAAUGUUCCGAGCAAUUCCUAAUUGCAUUGUUUUCUAUCCAAGUGAUGCUGUCUCCACAGAGCAUGCUAUUUACUUAGCAGCCAAUACUAAGGAAAUGUGCUUCAUUCAUACCAGCCAAGCAGAAACAGCAAUUAUUUACACCACUCAAGAAACUUUUGAGAUUGGACAGGCCAAGGUUGUCCGCCAUAGUAACGAUGACAAGGUCAUAGUUAUUGGAGCAGGAGUCACUCUGCAUGAAGCCCUAGUAGCUGCUGAUGAGCUCUCUAAAGAAGAUAUUUCUAUCCGUGUCAUUGAUUUGUUUACCAUUAAACCUCUGGACAGUGCCACCAUCAUUUCCAAUGCAAAAGCCACAGGUGGCCGAAUUGUCACCGUGGAGGAUCACUAUCUAGAAGGUGGCAUUGGAGGAGCUGUCUGUGCAGCAGUCUCCAUGGAGCCUAACAUUGUGGUUCAUCGGCUCGCAGUGAUGGAUGUGCCUCGGAGUGGAAGAUGCAAUGAAGCACUAGAUUUUUCUGGAAUCAGUUCCAGACACAUCAUUGUGGCUGUGAAAUGCAUCUUAAUGAACUAAAUUAGCUGUUGGCUUUGGUCUUAGAAUAUUAGCCUCUUCUCUGUAUGUUUAUGCUUAUGCCAAAACCAUAAGUUAGAAAUGAUUGUGCUUUGUUUUCCUUAAAGGCAAAACCAGUUAACAACUUUGUUCCACAUUCAGAAAUUCUAAUUUCCGUUUAAUCUGUAACUACAUAUACAAAUAUUACUGUUUUAACCAUCAAAAUGGGUCAUAAAAUUUAUAAUGGCAGAAUAGCUAACAAGACAAUCACCUGACACUGAACUUUCUCAUUAGACUGAAUAUAAAUGGAUUAAGGAACACUGUAGAAGUGUCAGUUUAAAAGUAUUUCCUUCAUAAGUAAAGCAAAUGUGUGUGGAAUUGUAGUCCUCAGACCACCUGUCACAGAACUAGACCCCUGAGAUACAUAGUGCUGUUCAACUAAAGUUAACAUGUAUACUGCCUUCCUACCUGCAGCUUCCUGAGUUAUGUGUAACUUCAGAUGCUCUUGACUUUUCUCUGCUAUUUCCCUUUAUAUCCCCUCUACAGUUCACAGGUCGAUGAACAAAAUAAAAGCAGUUAGGAUGACUUCUGCUGUUCUGGUGACUGUUCUGUGAAGACAUAAGGAUACUUCAUCUCCACACUAUCCUGUUUGAUGUUAAUAAAGCAUUUAA